CCGACUUCCCCAUGCCAGCCGCGUGCGCCACGCCGGCGGCCGCACCACGGCCGCGCCUCACGCUCACGAUCUCCCGCCGCUGCCCGUGUCCAUCCACCGCGCACGUUCACGCCCUUCGCGGUCUUCUGCUGCACCACAUGCUCCUCUUUCUCCGUGGCGGCGGCGUCUCCAUCCAGCUGGGACUGUCACUGGACCCGCUGGAGCCGCCACUUCGCGGAGGUCGACCAGGCCGAGAGCUAUGCUUCUGACCUCCGCUUCCAGCUCGAGGGGUUCAUGGAGAGUGCUUCCCUGACAAUCCAGCUCAGUUUCCAUCAGACAGUACGUCAUCAUAGGCGAGGUCCGGCGCGUAUGCACACUAGGUGCUCGACCAAAAGCCAGAGGCAUAGCAGCAGCGCGGUCCAGCGUGAGCGGCAAGCACCAGGCAGAGGAGGGGCGGCGGGGGCGGAUCAUACCAUGGCACGGCAAGGAGGCUAGCGCUCUGCGCAAGCAGCGGAGGACCGGAUGGAACAGCUGCGGCUAGGUGGAGCAGGUGUGGUGGUUCAGGCACACCAUGGUUAUUGUCGGCGGCAGCGACCACUCUCCUGCUGCUCGGCCCUGAUUCGUCUCUCCCUGACGCAGCAUCGGCCGCUGCCUCCUAGCCUGCCGUCGUGCGGACAAGACGGCACGGAGAAGCGACUUGGUUGGUUCUAGUCCUGUCAAUGGACAGUGAACAACAUAUUGAGUUAUUCCAAGAGGAAACAACCCAGAUACUCAACCAAAAGGGGAUCGGCGGCACUGGGGGUGAGGGCCGGAAUCUGUCCGUGUACCUUGUUGUAUGCUGUCGGGACUGGUCUGUUUCUCAAACGAAGGCUCCCCUGUACAAGGUGGAAGUUGCCCUCUCCAACUCCGACGACCCUUCUUUGCCGCUGGGAGCGGAGCCUGCUGGCCGGGUAACCCUGCACCGAGCCCGUAAUCUGGAAACUGACAUGGGCGGCAAGACCUUUGUCUCCUUGCAGUCAGGGUGGAUAGUCGGCAUCGGGGGCAAUCCUGGCAGCACCAUCAUCUUUGACACCAAGAGUGGGAGAAUGAUCCGCGGGCCAAACCUGGUGGCCAGGAAGUGGAGCCCUGUGGUGGCUGUCGUCGGGGACAGGGUCUAUGCCCUCACAUCAACCCCUGACUACAUUCAAGAGCCCAAUUUUGUGCCCUGGUUCGAGGUCCUCGAUAUAUCCAAGCCGGACGUCACGGAGACGGCGGAGGGGGUGCUCAGCCUGGCAGACACGUGCACCUGGACACCACUGCCGUACCCGCUCUGCUUCCCUCGCAGGCUCACCCGGACGGACUUCCGUAUGCCACCCAGGAUAACAGUCACGUCCUCGGUGGUGGUCGAGCCAUACAUUUUGAUAUCGGUUAGUCGCCCGUACAACUCCACCUACGCAUUUGAUACCAGCUCAAGAGAGUGGCAUGAGGUCGAGGGCGAGCAACUGCCGUUCAUCGGCGCUGCCGCCCCGCACGGCGGCGGCAUCUUCCUUGCGCCUUCUCACAAGUACGGCCCCAAUCAAAGCUUACCGCAUCCGAGUCUCAACGUCUGGAAAGGGUGGUGCUAUUGAGUUGUCCACCACUGUCAUCCCGGUGAGAAACGAGGAGCAUGAAGAAAUUAACGCAGGGGGUGCGCGCUACGUUUACCUGGACAGGGAACACUUCGCUCUGUUGUCUUGGCAGAACGACAGCGGAUGUUACAUGUCUUACGAUACAAAGACUGACGAAACUUAUCCAAGGAAGUUAUAUCUGAAGUUGGUUACCUAUCAAACUGGGAGGUGUGUACUCGAGGGGAAGACUCCGGAGAUUGUUGUCUCCUGCCAACCGGAGCAGGCCUUCAGGAUCUGCAGUUCCCCUGUCUUCUCUGAUGCACCCAUCGCCUUCGCUUUAUCCGUAUAAAUAAUACCAUUGGACACUUUUAUUUCACAGUAUGUUCCUUAAGAAGCUUGCUUUUUAACUGCAAAGGUAUAAUGCCAUGCACCUCUGCUCAUUGCUCAUAGUUUCUACACUUGAUAGGAAGCUUACCUUGUGGAUUAUUAUCACCCUCCUGCAUUUUCUACAUUGGCAUAAAGUUUUUGUUUUCCCCACUGGCCAGUCAUAUGCUCCCUCCGCCCGG